AUGGCUGCGGAGGAGGUGCUGCAGGGCGCAGACCACUACAAGAGCGAGAUCGAGCGGCUGACCCGGGAGCUGUCCGAGACGACCCACGAGAAGAUCCAGGCGGCGGAAUACGGGCUGGUGGUGCUGGAGGAGAAGCUCACCCUCAAGCAGCAGUACGAUGAGCUGGAGGCGGAGUAUGACGGCCUGAAGCAGGAGCUGGAGCAGCUGAAGGAGGCUUUUGGACAGUCCUUCUCUGUUCACCGCAAAGUGGCCGAAGAUGGCGAAACGCGGGAGGAGACUCUUCUCCAGGAGUCUGCCUCCAAGGAGGCCUACUACCUUGGCAAGAUCUUGGAGAUACAGAAUGAGCUCAAGCAGAGCAGGGCUGUGGUCACCAACGUUCAGGCAGAGAAUGAGAGGCUCACUGCUAUUGUCCAAGACUUGAAAGAGAAUAACGAAAUGGUGGAACUGCAGAGGAUACGGAUGAAAGAUGAGAUUCGAGAGUACAAGUUUCGAGAGGCCAGGCUGCUGCAGGACUACACUGAGCUGGAAGAAGAAAACAUCACUUUACAGAAACUGGUGUCCACGCUGAAACAGAAUCAAGUUGAAUACGAAGGCUUAAAGCAUGAGAUUAAACGAUUUGAGGAGGAGACAGUGUUGCUUAAUAGCCAGCUAGAAGAUGCCAUCCGGCUGAAGGAGAUUGCUGAGCAUCAGCUGGAGGAAGCUCUGGAAACUUUAAAAAAUGAAAGAGAGCAAAAGAACAAUCUGAGAAAGGAACUGUCCCAGUAUAUCAACCUCAAUGAUAGUAUGUAUAAUAACCAUAUUAAUAUAUCAGUAGAUGGGUUGAAGUUUUCAGAGGACGGGGGUGAGCCCAACAAUGAUGACAAAAUGAACGGACACAUCCACGGGCCGCUUGUGAAACUCAAUGGUGACUACAGAACUCCCACGAGUAGGAAAGGGGAAUCUCUGCACCCCGUCUCUGACCUCUUCAGUGAGCUCAACAUAUCAGAGAUACAGAAACUGAAGCAGCAACUCAUGCAGGUGGAGCGAGAGAAGGCCAUUCUCCUGGCCAACCUCCAGGAGUCUCAGACGCAGCUGGAGCACACCAAGGGAGCCCUGACGGAGCAGCACGAGCGCGUGCACAGGCUCACGGAGCACGUCAACGCCAUGAGGGGGCUGCAGAGCAACAAGGAGCUGAAAGUUGAGCUUGACUGCGAGAAGGGCCGAGAUUCCGGCGAGGAAGCACACGACUACGAAGUGGACAUCAAUGGCUUGGAGAUCCUGGAAUGUAAAUACAAAGUAGCUGUUACUGAGGUGAUAGACCUCAAAGCAGAAAUCAAGGCCUUAAAGGAGAAAUAUAAUAAGUAUGUAGAAAACUAUACCGAAGAGAAGGCCAAGUAUGAGAGCAGAAUCCAGACAUAUGAUGAGCAGGUGACAAGCCUGGAGAAGUCAACUAAGGAAAGCCAGGAAAAAAUGGUCCACAUGGAAAAGGAGUUACAAAGGAUGACAAGCAUAGCAAACGAAAACCACAAUACCCUUAACACUGCCCAGGACGAGCUGGUGACGUUCAGCGAGGAGCUGGCUCAGCUCUACCACCACGUCUGCCUGUGCAACAACGAGACCCCCAACAGGGUCAUGUUGGACUAUUACAGGCAGAGCAGAGUCACCCGCAGCGGGAGCCUGAAGGGGCCGGACGACCCUCGAGGCCUCCUUUCCCCACGGCUUGCCAGGCGGGGGGUGGCAUCGCCCGUGGAGGCCAGGACCCCAACCGAGCAGGUGACAAAGGAGACCCCAGAGCCCAGCAAGGAGCAGAGCCCGACAAAAACACCUUCCAUUUCUCCCGUCAUCACAGCCCCUCCUUCCUCCCCUGUCUCUGACACCAGUGACAUCCGCAAAGAGCCUAUGAACAUCUACAACCUCAACGCCAUAAUUCGGGACCAAAUCAAGCACUUGCAGAAGGCGGUGGACCGGUCACUGCAGCUGUCGCGGCAGCGGGCCGCGGCCCGCGAGCUGGCGCCCAUGAUCGACAAGGACAAGGAGGCCUUAAUGGAAGAGAUCCUGAAGCUGAAGUCGCUCCUGAGUACAAAGCGAGAGCAGAUUGCCACCUUGAGAGCGGUACUGAAAGCCAACAAGCAGACAGCUGAAGUGGCACUGGCCAAUUUGAAGAACAAAUACGAAAAUGAAAAAGCAAUGGUGACCGAGACCAUGACCAAACUGCGGAAUGAGCUCAAGGCUCUGAAGGAAGACGCAGCAACCUUCUCAUCCUUGAGAGCGAUGUUUGCCACCAGGUGCGAUGAGUAUGUCACGCAGCUGGAUGAGAUGCAGAGGCAGCUGGCGGCUGCGGAGGAUGAGAAGAAGACCCUGAACUCUCUGCUGCGCAUGGCUAUCCAGCAAAAGCUGGCCCUCACCCAGCGACUGGAGGAUUUAGAGUUCGACCACGAGCAAUCCCGCCGCAGCAAAGGCAAGCUGGGGAAGAGCAAGAUCGGCAGCCCUAAAGUAAGUGAGGAGGCAUCAGCCACCGUGCCAAGCAUAGACACUUUCCUCCUGCAUAGUCAGGGCCCACAGCAGCCAAACUUACUGGUCAGCAGUGGCACUCAGAGGAAAAGACUAUUCUCACCUUCCCUUUGUGAUCAGAGCCAUCCCAGGACUUCAGGGACCUACCUCCAGAAAUUAUUAAGAGCCCCCCCUCAUCCCGCCUCCACAGAAUCAUAUCUUCUGAGGGGCCCCCCUUCCAUGAGUGAAUUCAUCCAUGGGCACCGUCUCAGCAAGGAAAAAAGGUUAACCGUGGCCAUACCAGUCCUAGUGCUCUUCCAGAAGAGCAGCCACAUUCCAGCUCUCAGUGUGCCCCUCUCAACUGUCUCUCUAAGCCUCCUCCUUAGCCCUAAUCUUCAUAUGCAACGUAAGAGAAAAUGCAGACAGAGUGGAGCUCAUGCAACAAAGGUUGGGGUUGUUCCCAGCAAGCGGGUAGACAAUCCUGCCUUGUUGCUGCAUUGGCAAGUCUGGAUUCAUAUCCCCUGCUCUGGCAACUGAGGGAAGGUUGAGAAGAAGAACACAAAGCACAGAGCCCAACCUAUCAAGAAGACUUUUUGUGGUUCCUCUGAUUGUACUCAAACUGUGCUGUCACAACUGAAGUGUAGUGACAUUUAACAUCUCGACAAAAAUGUUCCUCCCAGCUGCUUGGCUUUACCUCUGAAAUGAUGAGAGACUUAAGCCAAUGUUGAAAAUAUAUGUUACAAAACUCCUACCCUCACAUCCUCUAAGUUCAGCCAUAGGAACCAGUUCAAAUUUCCUUUUGUCUUCAAGGGUGUGAUAUUUAUUUCUUACUUUAUUUGCACCAGAAUUUUGUGUUUAUAAAAUACAGUCCUUUUUUUUUUUGUGAAAGUUGUAUUUAACUAAUUUUAUUUUUUAAAUCUAAGCAGAAAUAGCUUCAGUGAAGAAUGACUGUGUUAAUAUUAAAAGAGGCUUGUUGCAUUGGCCAGCAUAUGGCCAAUUUUUAUUGCACAAAAAUGUUGGAAAUGGGUUGAAUUGGAAUGUUAACAAUGUAUAUUUUGCUGCUGCACUGAUAUUGUUUAUGCACUUGUUUUUUUAAUUCCUAUUACACUAGCUUCUGGUUUUGUUCUAGCUUUUCACUGAAAGAUAAUUAUUAAGCCUAAGAAGGAGAUUAAAGGAUAAUGUACUGAUUUGUUUUCAGUUGUUUGCUUGCAUUGUAAUUAUACUUCUUGCAUCACGAAUUGGUGCUGUUUUUUGGGAUUACUUUCUAUUUGGUAUCUGAGAAAGAAAACCUAAAUUAAGUGAAAUGCUGUGUGCUAUUUAAAAACAUUCUUUCCUCCCACUCCCAUAUCCAGGAUCCUAGCUCGAGGCCUUACCGGGAAAGGCUAGCUUGAAUGGGGAAGUCGUGUGUGAAGUGUUCUGUGGUGAAAGAACUCACGCAGGUAGGGUUGAUGGUGUGGAUCAAAGUCAGCAGGACUUUACUGUAGUGCAUUUUUUCCUUGCCAAAAAUCAACAGACACAGAACCUUAGCUCAUGUCAGUUUAUGACAAAUACUCAGGUGAUCAACACUACGCAGACUCUAUCGCAACAGUGCACAGUGUUCCUAGUUAAAGAUUCUUUCCUGUAAAAGCUGAGUAAGCCUGUUUUUUUCUUAAAAGCACUGAGUUUCAGAACAAAAUCAAGGAUAGAGGAGUUUAUUCUGCACAGUACCUGGCAGCAAGGCAAUUGGCUAAGCAGAGGGUUGUGGUUCAGCAUCUGUGGAUUUCCCGUCUUGUUGUCAGCUAGAGAAACAAGUCUGCAGUGCUGCCUACUUGUUAGUACCUAGCAGGCUUCUUGUUUUGUUAGAUGGCCUUAAUUUAUUUACAGAAGAGAGACUUAGGUAUUUCCACGACUUUAUUCCUUCUCUGCAGUGCAUGUGUGGCUGACAAGUGGGAAAUACAGCACAGCCUAAGGUUUGGGGCAGAUGGAGGAAAAAGAAGUGCUGCAGGUGUGGCUGGAACAAUUCUUUCAAAUUCUGCCUGAAUCUGAGAAAAUGAAGCCAGUUUUUUUAGUAACAGUGCUUACCAAAUGUUACAAUACAGAAAACAUCAGCAGAGGAAAGAAUCGGUGACCACUCAGUGUGCCUAACAAAUCAUUAUUACCAUAGUACCAAGAACAAAGGUGCUGUAAAUAGGAAUAUUUUAUGUCAUCAACAACGUCUGUCGUGUAACCUUAGCAAAGCAGCUGAGCUAUUGUAACAAAACACUCAGAGAUAGAGAAAAUACAAACAAAUUGAUACCCAGUCCUGAUCAGAUGAGACAGAUAACACUGGGCAGUGUUUUGACUUUGGUUUGGUGGGGUUCAUGUGAGUCUUCUCAUACACCUUUACAUUGCUAUUCAGUAUCAUAAUUAAAUUGCCUGUUGUCUUGUCCUAGAAAGGUCAACUGAAACCUUGUUCAGCUCUACCAUGAUGUCUGACACUGAGUUUAGCUGCUAUUUUGAUUUUUUACAAAAAGCCCACAGUAUUUUGUCUGAGGCAAAUUCAGCUUUCAGAAAGCAUCUCCAGAUUCCUGACCUUGCCCAACUGGCGUGUGAAUAUCUGUGUCCAACAAAGACAGCUGCUGUACAGCGUUAAUAAGAGAAGGGGUUUGCAUAGCACUUUGAAUACAGUUACUACUGACUGCACUAGGAAUAGUUUUUCCUAUUUUCAUAUCCAAAUCAAAGGCAUUGUCCUAAACUUCAGUUAAGCAGUAGUUCAGUGAAAUACGUUUCCUUUCUAUAUAGAUACAAAUUUAUUGGGGGAAAAAAGGUAUCAAGACAGUUUAGAAAUAUAUGCAUGUCCAUGUGGAUCAAGAGUUAUGAAAGAACAUUCAGUGGUAUAGAAGUUGUAGCCCUGUUUUAUAGAAAUAAAUUUUUUAUUCUCUUAAGUUUUAAAUUUUUAAUUUCUAAGUAUUCUAUUUACAUUUUUUUAUAUGUAAUAAAAUGUAAUUGUUGGAAAUGUGAGAGAACUAAAAACUAACUUCGAUGUACAAAUGGUUGUAGUUAUUGCAUUGUAAGUUACAAAACUCUGUAGGUCCCUGGGACUUUUGUCAGUUAACCAGUAUAAAAUAAAUAAAAUACAUACCUUGAACUUAAGAUGAAAA